CCAAGUAUCUUCUGGAGAAGGGGGUGUAACUGUAAAACGGACAGAAUCUUGCACGCACUCGUGGUCCAGUGGUCAGAGCGCGCGCUACUCCAACACAUUAACCAUGGGUGAUCUGUCUGCAAGGGAUCUUGAAAGGGCCAACUUGGUGUUCGAUGUGUACGACUUUGUCGGCACCAGCACCAUCGAUGCCGUCAACCUCGGUGACGCCCUGAGGGCCCUCAACCUGAACCCCACCCUCGCCACCAUUGAGAAGCUCGGCGGCACCAAGAAGAAGGGUGAGAAGACACUGAAGAAGGACGAAUUUUUGGCCAUCUUCAAGGAAGCCAAGAACAUCAAGGACUCUGGAGUAUACGAGGACUUCAUCGAAUGUCUGAAACUGUACGACAAGGCGGAGAACGGAACCAUGCUGGGCGCUGAACUCUCACACAUUCUCAUCUCUCUGGGAGAGCGACUGGAAGAGAAGGAGUGCGACAAGGUCCUGAAGGACUGCCUGGGACCUGAGGAUGAGGAUGGUUUCAUCCAAUACGUUCCAUUCGUCAAGGCCUUCAUGGCUGUCUAAGGACAAAACCAAUCUCAAUCAUUCAAUAAUUCCAUUUCUUUCAAACGUGUGUGAUAGGCCAAUACCAGCCAAUACCAACCCACAUCCACACUAAAUCUGCGCAGCGCCUACCAUCCUUGAUUAUGGAUCAGCUGUUGGCUCGAUGAAAUUACAUCGAUUGAUCAGCUGAUUCAUUGUUGGCCAACAAGACAAGAUCAAAUGUUUUAUUUGACUAAAUUAUUUUAAUAAAAAUUGUUUAUAAUAAACUCUAUGGUUACUAUUUA